UCUUGUUUUUUUUUGUUUGUUGCUCCGCGGCGUGCCACGAAAACACAACUACAUCUACAUACAAGUCGAAUUGUUUAAGCUUGGUUUUUAUUUUUUCCCCCCUCUUUAAUAAAAGUCAAUUGCCAAAGUGCCGCGCAAUAAUUUUGUUUAAGACUGGAAUAGAAAACAUAUACAUAGAUACAUACAUACAUAUACAUAAAUAUCUAGAGAUCAGAGAAAAUCGGCAACAUUUCCCCUCCAACAUUUACACCAACUAACAGAGUUAAUUCAACAAUGUAGCAGAAUUCUAAUGUUCGCUGUGUUCUGUGUGUACGAGUGUGUGUGUGUGAGAGUGUGUAUGAGCUGACGAAAUGACGUUAAAAGCAACAAAGUAAAAGCAGCAAAGAAGAAGAAAGGCAACAGAGAGUGAAAGAGCGAGAGCAAAGAAGACACAAAAGAGCACAAAACAAAACGUGGAAUUGUUAACUGGAGAACAACAAAAAACCAACAAUGUAUAAACCGCAAAUUUGAUGAACCCCAACAAGAAAGAAAGACAGAGAGCCACAACUAAACUAUAUCCAGAUAAAUCUGAGCAUCAAAGAAGACAAAAAAACAUCACAAUAAUAGAUUAAAAAAAAACGAAGGAAAAUUGAUCAACAAUUUUGAUUCAAAGCAAAAUAUUAAACAAAGACUAGUACAGAAAGAGAGGAAGGAGGAAGCAGGAGGAGGCGGAGGAGGAGCAUCAUCACAUAUAGCCAGCCAUGGACUGGGCCGAAGGAGAUUUGGUCUGGUUCGAUCCGGGUGUGGGUCAUCCCAUACCCGGUGAGAUACAAGAAGUGCAUCGCGCAGCCCAAGUGAUUGUUGUCCAGGCACUAAUCAAGGGCAAGCCACAAACGUUUGCCCUGCAGCCGGGUGAGGGAAGCCUGCGAGCACGUCAGGAUCUUGGCAGCAGCGGUGUAGAGGAUAUGACUCUGCUGGAUGACCUACAUGAGGCUUCGUUGCUAUGGAAUCUCCGUUUGCGCUAUGACAAGGGCUUGAUUUACACUUUCGCUGGCAGUAUACUGAUUGCCGUCAAUCCGUAUAAAAUGUUCCCGGAUGCCUACGGUCUGGAGGUGGCAAAGCAAUAUGCCGGUCGCCCACUAGGCGCACUGCCACCACAUUUGUUUGCCAUUGGAGCUGCCGCACAUGCAGCUCUACCCUCGCCCCAGGUGGUUGUCAUAUCUGGCGAAUCUGGUUCGGGGAAAACGGAAUCCACUAAGCUAGUGAUGCAAUAUCUGGCUGCCGUCGUACCUGGAGGCGGAUCCGCCUCGGCAGUCAUCACCGAACAGAUUCUUGAGGCAGCCCCUCUAUUGGAAGCAUUCGGUAAUGCCCGAACUGCCCGCAAUGAUAAUAGUUCACGAUUCGGCAAAUACCUUGAGGUGUAUUUCAAGAGUGGCGCUAUAGUUGGCGCCAAGAUCACUCAAUAUCUUUUGGAAAAAUCGCGCAUUGUCACACAGGCGCCUGGUGAGAGGAACUAUCAUGUUUUCUAUGAAAUGCUUGGUGGCCUUAGUGAAACGGAACGGGCCAAAUAUGGUCUGUUGGAGGCCGAUAAAUACUUCUACCUGAAUCAAGGAGCCACCGACUGUGCCAGCGGCCGUGUGGACUGGGCUUCCCUGCAGAGCGCCAUGCAAGUUUUGGGCGUAUCCGAGGGAGAACGAGAAGGAAUUGUCCGGGUACUGGCGGCGGUUCUUCAUCUGGGCAAUGUUUACUUUCAUCGCCGUCAACUGCGUCAUGGACAAGAAGGUGUGGAGGUUGGCUCAGAUGCUGAAAUCAAAUGGGCCGCCCAUCUGUUGCAUAUUAGUGCUGAGGGAUUGCAUAGAGCUCUGACUAGUCGCACCACCGAGGCGCGAGCGGAACGUUUACACACGCCUCUAGGUAUUGACCAGGCAUUGGAUGCCCGUGAUGCCUUUGCCAAGGCACUCUAUGCUGGUCUUUUUAAUUGGCUUGUGUCGCGGAUCAACUCGAUUGUACAAAAAGGUGGCACCCAUGAUGCUCACCGCAUUAGCAUUCUGGACAUCUUUGGCUUUGAGGAUUUGGCAGAGAACAGCUUCGAGCAGCUAUGCAUUAACUAUGCCAAUGAAAAUCUUCAAUUGUAUUUUAACAAGCAUGUUUUUAAGCUGGAACAGGCGGAGUACGCUCGCGAGCGUUUGGAAUGGACACCAUUGGCAUGGGACGAUAAUCUGCCAGUGAUACAUUUGCUGGCCAAAAAGCCAGUCGGCAUUUGUCAUCUACUAGACGAUGAGUCCAAUUUCCCGCGUGCCACUGACCUUAGUUUCCUUGAAAAGUGCCACUACAAUCAUGCCCUAAGCGAGCUUUAUGCCCGCCCCCGAAUCGGAGCCCAAGAGUUUGGAGUCACCCACUAUGCUGGCCAAGUGUGGUAUUGUGUGGAUGGUUUUCUCGACAAGAAUCGUGAUGCCUUGCGUGGCGAUGUUCUAGAAUUGCUCGCCUCAAGUCGUCUGACUCUGGUUAACGAGCUGACCAAACAAUUGCGUGCCCAACGGGAUGCCGGUAAGACUCUUCCCAAGGGCAGUAACGGACGUUUUGUCACCAUGAAGCCGCGCACGCCGACAGUGGCCGCUCGAUUUGCGGACUCUUUGCAGCAGUUGCUUCAGUCAAUGGGCCGUUGUCACCCAUGGUUCGUUCGCUGCAUCAAGCCGAAUCAGGAUAAGCAUGCCUUGCGCAUGGAUAUGCCGUGUGUGUUGCAACAACUGCGUUAUCUUGGCAUGUUGGACACAAUUCAAAUCAGACAGAGGGGAUACCCAGUGCGUUUGCGUUUCCAGCACUUUGUUGAACGCUAUCGGCAUCUUUUGUCUUCUCCGCUGGCCCGGGGUACGCCUUAUCGUGAGCUCUGUCGAGCCUUGCUGGAAGCCAUGCCGCGCACAGGAGUAGAGGGACCAGACUAUCAGUUGGGAGCCACCCGAGUCUUUUUGCGUGAAGCUCUGCAUCGCGCAUUGGAGAGCGGACGUACGGAGCGAUUGCGCCAUGCAGCAGUCAAUAUUCAGCGUCACGUUAGAGGCAUGCUAGUGCGUCGACAACUCGCCCGUCGCGAGGUGGCUGCCACUCGACUGCAGGCCCGUUGGCGUGGUCAACAGCAGCAACAGCGCUUCAAGCGGCUGCGACGGGGCGCUGUUACUGCUCAGCGUUUGUGGCGCGGCCGUCAGGCACGAAGGCAUGUGCAGCAGUUGCGCUCCGAUCAUCGACGACGACAAGAGGCCCGUGAGGCGGCCCAGAGAGCGAGGGAAGCUCGCGAAGCCAAGCAGGCAGUUCUGGAGAGAAGUCAACUUAGCUAUCUGGAUAUACCAGCAGAAUUGGCUUUCAUUUACUCCAAGUUGCAGGGUUGGUCACCACCGCAUGGCGAUAGGAAUUUGGUUAAAGUGCUGGGUACAGUGCCAGGACCUCCGGCUCCUAGUGUGCACCUACCUGAUGACUUGGCGCAGUUCUCGUUUGGAAAGUUUAGCAGUGUCUAUUGCAAUGGCUUGCGACUGCAGCCACGACGGGAGCCCAUUACAGCGCCUUUGCUCACACGAGCUGCUUCUAGAGAUCAGGACUUCCAGGAUGCUUUGGCGGUAUUCAAGCUUAUCUUGCGUUGGAGCAAUGAUAAGGCUCUGGAGGGGGCUAAAGAGAAACUGUUAGCAGACUAUAUUGUACACAAGGCUUUGAGUUCACGCGGCUUGCGAGAUGAGGUUUUGGUUCAAAUCUGCAAUCAAGUUCAUGGUCUGGGCCAGGGAUCGACAGAGGCGACCCGUUUGUGGCAGCUGUUGGGUCAGUGUUUGUGUUGCUUCCAACCAAGUCCUGCAUUCAGCAAGUAUCUGAUGAAAUUCGUAGACGACGAGGCUCCAGACCCAAUGAGGCAGAUGCUUCUUCGUCAACUGCUACGCCAACAGAGCAGCGGUUCAGGCGGAAAUGCCUGUCGUAGCUUUGUGCCCUCCUGGCUUGAGUGGCGCUCGUGGUCCCGCGGUAGUGAUAUGGCCUUGCCCCUCACCCUACCCGAUGAAGCCAGCCAGACUGUGGCCAUUGACUCGUGGACAAGUUGUGAGGAAGCCGCUGCCCUAGCAGUGUCUAGUCUGGGCGGAGGUAGCCGAGGUUGGACUCUAGUACUUGACGAUGGACAGCAGUUAACAGACAGCUGUGGACUAGACUAUGUUAUGGAUCUAAUUGCCGAAAAGGAAUUAUGUCCAGCUUUCCCUGCUGCCAGGAGCGAUUUACUUCGUUCAGGUGCUAAAUUUAUGCGCACUUCUUUACCCGACUCCGUCAAAAGGCCGGCAGUGCCGCCUCCUGCUCCACCCACUUCAGCAGCAAAGGAAGAUCCUCCACAGCAGCAGCGGAGAAGCAGUCGGGAGUUGCUCUCCCGUAGCUCUGCAUUAAAUGAACGUUACUUUGAGCAUGAACCAACAUCUUCGGCAACAAGUCCGGGUCAGUCCAAGUCGCGAUCAAAGUCCCUGGACGAUUUGUUAGCCGGUGACAUAGGACAAGGCCAGUCACUUCCUCUGCCAGAUUGUGACUCCGAGGAGCCCUUGCAUACGCUGGGCUUAUCGGAGAGUCGUCUUAACGAUCGCUAUCACUCGGCAGAGCGGCUUGCACCCAUGGGCAAGGAGACUGCCCCUCGGUAUCAGAAGUCCCAGCAUGCCGGUCGUCGAUCCCAUGCCGCUUCACACGGAUCGCACUCUAGCAAGUAUAUGGACAAAUCGGAAUAUGCCACCAGAUCAUCUGCCAUGUCCGAUACCAGUGAAGCUCCCUCACUGGCCUCGCACGUUCGACGCGUAAGAGUUCCAUCGCAAGCUUCGGAUGUCGAUCAGUUCUUAGACGAUCUAUUUAGCCCCGUAUUGGAUGGAUCACUGGAUGAGCUGUCCGAUGCCCGAUCCCUGGCAGCCAGUAUUCGUGGCGGUGGGGCCAAGCCAAGGCAGUCAGAGGAAAGUAAUUUAAAUGAUUAUCUUGAUGGUGGAUUGUUCGUGGACGAUUCUUUACAAAAGUUGACUCAAAAGCAACAGUUGGUCGAGUGCAUCAGGGGCGGUGGUAGCACGGAUCAUGUAGCCACUACCACAGGUGGCAGCAAUGGGUCUGAUCCUCUUAUGCAUCAACUAAUGCAAAUGCCAACGGAGACGGAAUCAGCCCCGGCUCUGUAUCAGCAGCAGGUUCAGCGAGCCUUCUUGCAAUCGGCCAUGGCCCAGAAUUUGCAGAUUCAGCAGCAACUUCUGGCCCAAAAUCAAGCACUCCAGACCUUGCUCACUCAGCAGGCAGCUGCUGCAGCCGCGGCCACAUCAACAUCGCCACCGCCGCCAGCAAUUGGCGGCAUUUCCAUUUCACCGCCUCCUCCGCAAUCGCCAAUGCGGCUUAAAUCAACGCGCAGUAGUCUGGUGGUUAUGGAGUCAGUCCAUCCUCCAGCUCCGCCACCACCGCCGCCCAUGCCGCCACCGUUGGAGUGCAAAGAUCCCUCGGAGACGCGGCACUUUUUGGAUCCUUACGGUCGUGCCAAAACCGUAAGAAUCGGCAAAUGGCGUUGGCCACCGCCGCAAGGUGAGCCACAAUUCCAGACGGAGGAAGAUUUCUUUGCCUUUAAAUUGCGUCAGCAACAGCGCAAGACAACGCCCCAAGCGCAACAUCAGUUGAUUUCCGGUUCCAAUGGGGCAACGGGGGUGGGAGGAACUAGUGCCACGGCCACGGCUAUUGAGUGGGAGGAGUUCGAGAUCGAGAGUCCAACACCGCCGCUUUUAGGUCCCAGCCAUUCCACGCAGCUAAUGCGCAGCAGCAUACGCCUGGAGACCACAACAACAACGGCAAGCAACUCCCGAGACACUCAAGAUGCUGGACCAAUGCAAUCCAUGGUUACCACCACAAAGUUGGCCAAGAAAAGCUUUGAAAUCGGUGCUGAUCGCCCGCCACCGGGUAGUGUGGGCAAGCUUAAACUGAGCUCCGAGAUGCGCCAACGCCUGGAACAGGUUACAGCUGGUCACUCGGUGCGUUCCACAGUUUCGACUAAGUCGGAGCAACGAGCUCCAGCCAAAUUGGAGGACACUCGUAAGUUGAUGCUGCAACAACAGCUUGGCGGCCUCUUUGCAAGCGUGAGCUCUGGUGGAGCAGGCCAAGGACCGGCCGGUGAAUCUCUGGCCACAGUGCGCACCCAGAUUGAGCGCAUGGAAGGUAAAUUGUCACCGCCACCAGCUCCACCCACAAAUGCCUGGCCAGGUGUACUUUUGCCUCCAGCACCCAGUGUGCCAGCGCCGCCUCCACCUAUACGGCCGCCCAGCAUGGCGCCGCCAGCGCCACCACCAGCUCCACAGAGUCCGCCGGUUAGUCGGACGCCCGAACCGGAGCCCGACUAUCGAAAAGAUCAUGUGCCCGCCUUUAUCCAGCGUCAGGAGCGGGAUACUUUUGGGGCAGUACGUCCUGGUAUCAUGCAGCAGCAGCAACACCAUCAGCAGCAACCGAUCCAUCAUCAUCAUCAUAACGCUCAUCAUCUGGAGGAGCAUUCGUCAUCGGUUGUGUCUGCCUGGGAGCAAAAUGAGCGCGAAAGAUCGCGAAGUCGCAGCAGAUCACGUGAUCGUGAAGAUUAUUCAGAGUCCGUAUGGGAUCGGGCAGAGGUGGAGGGUCCUGCCUCAGGCAGUGGCAGUGAAAAAGAGCGCGACAAGCGAGAGAGGGAACGCGAACGUGUGUACGAGCUACGCCAAGUGGAGCGUGAGAAGGAGAGUCACAAGGUUUACCAACCCGCUCCGCCUAGGGUUAUCCAGGCCAGUAUCGAGACCAUGUCAAAAUCCUCGUCCCCAUCCACACCGGCGACCUUCCGCACUCACAUGGCGCAGAGAUAUGAGCACGAGCGCAAACGGAAGAGCUCGGCCAGCUCCGGAAUGCGUGAGGAGCUGGAGCCGAUAGCAACACCUCCGCCAGUGCUGGUGCCAGCCCCAGUGCCGCCGCCGCCGACUACGACAUCGGCAUCGUCCUCUACUUCUGGUGCUGGACUUGCCAUCGAACCGGCUACAUUAGCUUCUGUGGCAGGAAUAGGACAGGGUGCCAGCGCCUGCUUGACUUACAAUCGCGUGCCAUGGAAGUUGCGUGUGCGCAAGGAAGUGUUCCAGCCGCACGAGCCAAUCGGGCCACCUGUCGCCCUGGAUUUACUUUUCGCCCAGGUGCUUAGCGAUGUCUUUGGAGUGACGCCUUGUCUUCGCAUUACGCCGCAAGAGAAGAGUUCCGCCCUCAAUAUGCUCCAUGGCCAUGGUGUCAGCGUGGACACGUUAGCUGCUCGCGGACAGCAGGUCCGUGCUCUGGUCAAAAGACAUUUGGUGGACAUGGCCAGGGAUUGGCCCCUCUAUUUCGCCCGGCUCUUCGCUGUGCAGGGUGCACCGCUUUAUCCCGAUGUCAGCAUCAUGGGCGUUUCGCACAGUGGCCUCUAUUUGGCUCGACGCGAUGCCGACUAUCUGAUUGUAGUGCAGGCCAUCUCGUUUGCUGAGAUCCAGAAUGCCGUCACCCUACCCAGACCAGCUGCCCUCCAGCUUAAUCUGCGCAAUGGCAAGCAUUUGGCAUUGCAUGCCAGCCGAGCCGCAGCCAUCCAGUCGAUGAUCACCAGUUUUGUACAGGAGUUCCGCAAGUCCCAAUCGAAGGCAUCGACUCUGUCAUCGGGUGCCCGGGCAGCUGCUCAGACAUUGAAUGUGCCGCUAGAGCGCCUGGAAUCCCGCCAGGCGCAUGCUCAGCGGAAUGAACAUGGCAAUUCGAAUGGUGAACUUAUGUCCCGCUCAAUGGAAGGUCAGCAACAGGAAUUAAGUCAUCAUCAUCAGCAACAGCAACAGCAACAGCAGCAGCAGCAUCAACAACAUCAGCAACAUCAUCAGCUGGACGAUGCCAUUGAAGAGGAGCAACAUCAGCAGCAACAGCAACAGCGAUUUAUGAAGCAACAAAGUUAUUUGCAUUCCGCACGCAAAUCAAAUGCUGGCCAACAGCAAAACCAAUCCCUAAGCAAUGGCCAACAAGAGCAUCUACAACAACAACAACAGCAGCAGCAGCAGCAGCAACAACAACAUCAUCAGCAGCAGCAGCAGCAGCAACAUCACGAUCUGGAUGCCAAUUAUAUGCAGGAUGAGAAUAAUGGUGGAACACCUCCCUCAGUGACCAAAUAUUCGCUGCUUCAGUUUGCCAUGCAGCAUUUCCGCAAUGAUCAAUUGCGUGAUACGGAUCGCCAUCAUGAGCGACAUCAGACGACUGCAAAUCGCUCUUAUGCCGAGCUAGUUAAAUGGCAAGGUCAUGCCAUACGUCUCCCUUUGCUACGAUUGCCCAAUGACUUGGCCCCUUUGGCUCUGGAGUGUUUCGAUUGCAUAUUGCGUUACUGCGGCGAUAUACCCCUCGAUCCGGAUCUCACCGAGGUGAAAUGUGUCUACACAGUGCUUAUGCAUUGUCAUAAGUAUCUGGCCCUGCGGGAUGAGGUUUAUUGUCAGCUAAUGAAACAGACCACAGCGAAUCGUUCACCCUGUCCGGAUAGUUCGCAGCGUGCUUGGCGUUUGCUAAGCAUAUUAGCCGCCUACUUUGGUUGCUCGGAUGCCUUGCGUCCGUAUUUGAUGGAGCAUCUGACAUCUGCAGCAUCGGAUCGUCGGCGUUCGUGUCAUGGCACAGCGGCCGUUUGCCUGACCAAUUUGAGAAAAACCGCACGUUGUGGCGGUCGCAAGAAUGUGCCCAGUGUGGAGGAGGUGACCGCCGUUUCCGCCGGACGUUCGGCCAGACGGCAAAUCUAUAGACUACCCGGCGGGGCUGAACGAGUGGUUAACACCCGCUGUUCCACUGUGGUGGCCGAUGUCAUCGCCGAAUUGUGCGCCCUUCUUGGCGUUGAAUCGGAGGCCGAACAGCAGGAGUUCUCCUUGUAUUGCAUUGUCCAGGGUGAUGCCUUCACCAUGCCGUUGGCUGCCGAUGAAUAUAUUUUGGAUGUGACCACAGAGCUUCUGAAAUCUGGCCAGCCAUUCUAUUUGAUAUUCUGCCGUUCUGUUUGGCAUUUCGCCUUGAAGCGAGAACCGGCUCCCAUGCCACUGUAUGUGGAGGUGCUAUUCAAUCAGGUUGCUCCCGAUUAUCUGGAGGGUCUGCUGCUGGAGUUGCCCGGCAAUGGAGUACCCAUGCCCGAGAUGGUGCGAGAUAUGGCCAGAAUUGCAGCACUUUUGCAUCGUGCUGCCGACUUGAGUCACGUGCCGGCCAUGAAGGAGAUUAAAUUCCUGUUGCCCAAACCGGCGCUGGGUAUACGCGAGAUACGUCCAGCCCAAUGGGUGGGCUUGGUGCAAUCAGCCUGGCCCCAGGUGUCUGGCCUUAGUCCCGGCCAGGUGAAGGCCCAGUUUUUGAAUGUGCUGGCCACUUGGCCGCUAUUCGGCAGCAGUUUCUUUGCCGUCAAACGCAUCUGGGCCGAGGAGGGACCACAUGUCGAGGACAAUCACAAUCCCAUGUGGCGUGAUUUGAUCUUGGCCCUCAAUAGACGUGGCGUACUCUUCCUUGAUCCCAAUACGCACGAAACCCUACAGCACUGGAGUUUCAUGGAGGUGAUAUCCACACGCAAGGUACGCUCUGAAGAUGGCGCCCUCUUCCUGGACUUGAAGGUGGGCAAUCUAAUGCAACAGCGGGUCAUACGAGUGCAAACGGAACAGGCUCACGAGAUAUCCCGUCUGGUCCGACAAUAUAUAACCAUGGCCCAAAUCAGUCAGCGGGACAAACGAGAGCUCAACUAGACGCAACGAACAAUUGUCUUUUAUCAAUUAUUAAUUAUAAAUCAUAAUGAAA